AUGCCGAGCGCCGCGCGGGCCGGGCGCCUGCUGUCCAUGGCCGGCCGCGGCUGCCUGUCCCGCGGCGCGGCCGGGUCGGGGGCCGGCGGCCCGGUCGAGGCCGCCAUUCGCGCGAAGCUGGAGCAGGCCCUCCGCCCCGAGGUGCUGGAGCUGAGCAACGAGAGCGGCGGCCACGCGGUGCCCCCGGGCAGCGAGACGCACUUCCGCGUGGCCGUGGUGAGCUCGCGCUUCGAGGGGCUGAGCCCCCUGCAGCGGCACCGGCUGGUCCACGCUGCGCUGGCGGAGGAGCUCGCGGGGCCGGUCCACGCGCUGGCCAUACAGGCGCGGACGCCCGCCCAGUGGAAGGAGAACCCUCACCUGGACACGAGCCCCCCCUGCCUGGGUGGAAGCAAGAAAACCCGAGGGAGCCCCUGAAACCGCGAGAGGGAGCGUCAGGAUCCAGAUGGGCUGAAGGAGAAUAAGCUACUGGACCCUCUACCCCUCUAUACAAUCUGGUGUUUGCAGGGGUGAGGACCCUGGACCCCGUUCUACGAGCAUGUACUCGCUCUCUGGAGGUGGUGUCACUGCAAGUCAAAGCUAAGCCGGGGACACUCACUAGUGCCCUUGCCCUGGACUGGUCAGGAAACGCAGUCACUUUUUUUCAUGUUAAAUUGUGACUGAGGAACCACCAGACCUGAUGAGUUGAAAACAAUCCUGUACAUUAAAAGAAAACUUAGCCUCUGAAGUGCACUGUUGUGUUAAGGGCCUGUUGAAUCGGUGCUAUAGAUGUUCUUGGGAGAAGAAAGACAGUUGAGUUCUAAGGAAGUCAGAAAGGGCUUCACAGCAGAGGUCCUGGUUGGAUCUUUAAAGGAAAGCAGGGAAUUAAAUCCGGAAGGAGAGGCAGAGUGUUGCAGGCAGGGAGAACCCAAGUCGAGGUAGCGUUGUUGAACAAGACAAAGACAUAUUUGAGUCACAGCUGGGGGCGUGUUUGGCUUUUUAACAGCCUGUCUACUUCCAAAAAGAUUUGUUUGUAAAGAAAAUCUAAAAAAAAAUUAAGAAGGCAGUGAAAAGAUGAUAACCUAGAGACUGAGGCUGGAGGGUUGAGAAAAACUUUCUGUUGCCCUUAGGAGCUUCCAAAUCUGUUUCUGAGGGGAAUUCAAUGUCUAGAUAAGCAACUUUCUGGUGAUCUCAAUGUGGAAAAAGAACUUAUAUACUAAAGAAAAGGCUUGACUAACAUAAAUCUUGACAAUUCUGGCUAAAGAGUUUAAAUUACAUCUGCUUGGGAGCAAGUUGAGGAGGGACAUGAGCAACAUUUGAGGAGGGACAUGCUGGAAGCAUUUUGGAGCACAUUUGGUAGUGAUAUGCAGAUGGGUUGGCACGGAGGUUGGUGACAUUGAAAUCCUGAAAAGUGAAGUGGAACCCUGGCAUGGAGGUCGGCGGUGGGAAUGGAAAAGAAGUUGAUUUGAAAAUUAAGGGGAAAAGUCAGAAAAUGGCUUGAGGAUGGAAAUGAACUAGAGGGAGGGUUCAUGGCAACUCCCAGGCAGUGGUUUUCGGAUCUCACAGAUCAAAAUUUCUAAAGGGGCUUGUUUAAAAUGUGAAUUCUGGAUUCUGUCUCUUCCAAAAAUAGGAUUCUGAUCCCAAAAGUCACAAAUGGCAUCCUUAGUCUAUAUAUUUAAGGAUACAAGAGGAUUUACAGGAAAGUAGUUUCUAUUUUCAAGAAACAUUCCAUCUGUUUAAUUUGGGUUUGUUUUUUUUUGUUUGUUUUGUUUUUUUAAUUUUUGUAGUCUCCUGUGGUAAGAACACUUGACGUGAGAUCUGCCCUCUAAGUGUACAAUACAUCAGCAAACUGGGCAAGAUGCUCUGCAGCGGAUGUCUGUGACUUACUGGCACUUACCUGAAACCCACUGAUUUUUCUCCCCCACCAUUCCAGUCUUUGAUUCUAUGAAUGUGGCUGUUUUAGAUAGUUCAUACAAACGGAAUCAUACAGUAUUUCUCUUUGUAACUGGCUGGUCUCAGCACAGUGUCCUCAUGAUUCACCCAUGUUGUCACAUUAUUGCAGAAUUUUUUUUUUUAAGUCAAAUAGAAUCCCAUUGCAUGCGUAUAGCAGAUUUUAACCAUCCAUUUUAACCAUGAAUGAACAUUUGGGUUAUUUCCGAAUCUUAGCUCAUAGCGCUGCGUGAGCAUGGGAGUGCUAUUAUCUCUUCAGUUCUUUUGGGUAAAUACCCAGAAGUGGAGUUGCUGAGUCAUAUACUUCUAUUUUUAACUUUCUGAAAAACCUCCAUACUCUUCCAUUGCAGCGACACCAUGUUGAGUUCCCAUCAACAGCCCGCGGGAGUUCUGGUUUCUCCACAUUGUUUUUUGUGUUUUUGUAAUAGCCAUCCUGACGUAUGAGGUGGCCUCUCUUUGUGGUUUUGCUUGCAUUUUCCUGAUGACGAGAGACAGCCUUUUUCAUACACCUGUUGGCAAUUCAGCGUAAUCUCUGUUCAAGCCCUUAGUCCAGGUUUUAAUCAGGUUAUCAGUUUCUUUGCUGCUGAGUUGUGGGACAUUACCCCAGCUUUCCAGCCUGGGCGAGCGAGAGGGCUCCUCUGUCUGUGCGCGUGGAAAGAGCAGGAUAGUGAAGCCAACUCCGGAAGUAAACGUGAGGCGGUGCUCUGGCCUUCAGGCUGGGGAGCGCAGCGCGGAACGCAGGCGGAGAGGCAAAAAAGCAGACCCGGCCAUUUUUGGAUUUUGAGGAUUUUGUUUCCUUUUUAUUUUUCAUCAAUAUUUUUCAUUUCAUUUUUCACAUCAACAGAGUUGUGUUUAGGGUUCCCCAGGAGACUAAGGAAGAUGGAUGGGUCCCUCCAGGGGGUGCAGGGGAGAGGGCUGCGUCCAGCAAGUGAAGGGGGAGGGCGC